UGGCGCAUGCGCACUUCGCAGCAGGAGUGACUACUGUCAUUUCAAAGAGGCGUCCUACUUAAGUAAACUACCGCGUUUGACUUUUUAGGCAACACUAUUGAUGUUUAACGGCGUCUACAGAGGCGGGAAACUUGAGUCUGAAAUGAGAGACAACGCAUGGUCGUUACUUUGACGUCGCACCGCUCGAAUAACGAAACAGACGGAGGAGGUGAUGUGGUGGUUCCAGCAAGGUCUCAGCUUCUUGCCGGCUCUUCUGGUCAUCUGGACUUGGGCGUCAUUCGUCUUCGCCUACGUGACAGCGGUGCUCCUGAGACAUGUGGACCCUCUGGUCCCGUACAUCAGCGACACAGGAACCAUGGCGCCAGAGAGGUGCGUGUUUGGCUUCAUGCUGGACGUAUCGGCCUUUUUAGGACCCAACGAGCCCAGCACCAGCACCGCGCAGAGCGAGCGCGAGGAGGGAGGAGGCGGCGCCACCGUUUCCACGGCGCCGCGCAACUGACUCUUUUGUGUGUGCUUCCUCGCAGGUCCCGGCUGCUGCGAAUACGGUGCUUCCCGCGCAGACGGCCCCGCAUGCGUGCUGGAGGCGUGGGCAGCCCGGUCACGUGCGUCAGGGACCUCCACGUGUCGAGGCAUGGCCACCGUGUACGUGCGCUACAAACAAGUGGAGGCGCUGACAGACAACAGCGAAGGCCGCCUCCUCAAAGUGAACCGCUUGGGUUUGCUGCUGGGUCUCUUCAGCUCCUUGGGGAUGUGUGUGGUGGCCAACUUCCAGAAGACCACGCUGUUCUCGGUUCACCUGCUGGGGGCGGUGCUCACCUUCGGUGUGGGAGCCAUCUACAUCCUGGUGCAGACGCUGCUGUCGCACUACAUGCAGCCUCACGUGCACAGCAGGAGCAUCUUCCUGCUGCGUCUCACCAUCGGCCUUUGGACCCUCGGCAGCGUCCUCAGCAUGUUUGUGUCGUCCGUGGUCAUGUACAGCAGCCUGCCUGGAGUGGACGUCACACACAAACUGCACUGGACGCCUGGAGAGACGGGCUACACGCCUCACCUCAUCAGCACCGUCUGCGAGUGGUCUCUGGCCUUCUCCUUCAUCAGCUUCUUCCUCACGUACAUACGAGACUUUCAGAAAAUUACUUUGCGGGCCGAGGCAGACGUACAGAGCACUCACCUGUACCACUGGCCGCGUGACGACAAACCCCGAGUCUCUGAGUCGUCGCCGCUGCUGUCAGGAGCCCCGUGAUGCAAAAAGUACACCUCUGCUACAUAAAACUAUCUUUUCUGCACUCUGCUUGCUUCUUCCUCGGCUGCAGUAAAUGUGUACCUAGACCUUGUCAGGGUUGCAUUUCAUUUUGCCCUACAACUUACAUGCACGCACAUAUUGAACGUAUUGAUGUUUGUUAAUCCAGCAAACGGUUGAAGAGGGGACGGACAAAUUGGAAAGCAAUCGCUGCGAUUAGGGAGAAAUAACUUCAGCCAUAUUUGUUUAGAGCCUACGUGUCAAAGUCAAGACCCGCGGGCCGGAUCAUAUUUGAUUAGUAUUAGAACACAGCCGCAUGCUGCUGUUUUGCACGCACCAAUACUCCAUCAGUGUUGGCGCCAUAGACAUCUUAUAAGUAGACGCAGCAUUGGCUGCUGUGACGCGAGAAAUUGGGCCGCCAUCUUGAAGUGGUGAUGAGGAGCCGGCGAGCAGCCUAAACUGACAGUUGACAGGUAGAAAACAAAGAUGUCGGGCUGGUGUUCGGCGUUUUCCUGCUCAAAUGAGCGGACUGUUGAAAAUAAAAAUCGGGGGAUUACUUUUCACAAGUAAGUAUUAACAUUAACCUACUAUUGGUUGUAUUUUGUGAAAAUAAUAUUACCACAGAGUUGAGAAGGAGCAAAGAUCUUCAAUAGUACUGAAAUCGUAGCCGCUAGCAAACAAGAGUAUGACCAUAAUAGAAUUGCUUGUCAAUGAAAUU